AUGCUACUUUUAGCUCUGAGUGAUGCUCAUAUCCCAGAACGAGCAAUUGAUCUUCCCACGAAAUUCAAGAAGCUUCUGAGUGUUCCAAAAAAGAUAUCACAAGUGGUUUUACUGGGCAAUUGCACCAAGUCAUACAGUUUCCUGCAGUUUAUCAACCAGGUAUCGUCAAAUGUGGUGAUAGUACGCGGUGAAUUCGAUACAGGAACGAUUGCCACUACCAAAAAUGCCAAAGAAGAGCUACCGAUCAACACAGUAAUUAAACAAGGUGACUUCCGUAUUGGGUGUUGCAACGGAUAUACGGUAGUACCCAAGAAUGAUCCGCUUUCCCUCUUAACUUUUGCACGUCAGCUUGAUGUUGAUAUAGUCCUAUGGGGUGGUACGCACAACGUGGAGGCCUAUACUCUGGAGGGCAAAUUCUUUAUAAAUCCCGGAUCCUGCACAGGUGCAUUCACCACUGAUUGGCCGCUGCAGGAGCCAGAAAAGGACGUCGAAAAGGUACAGACUGGAGAUAUCCCCAAGCAAAGUGAAGAGACACCGGAUGGUGGGAAUGGCAAACCAGAAUCGCAAGAAGGAGAUCCCCAACCAUCCGCAGAAGACACAAAAUCAAAUUCGACUGUUACUGAAAAGGUUCCCGGCGCUGACACUACUACUGAAGCUUCGAAAGUUGAGGAAGCUAAACCGGGACUCAGUUCGGCGGACCCAGGUACUGGAGAAAAGGACAAGGACCAAGAAAGUGACGGUGAUGACAGUGAUGACGAUGAUUUUGAUGAGACCGAUCUAAAUGGUGGAUGCAUCCCUAGCUUUUGUCUCUUAGACAUCCAAGGCAGUACCUGCACUCUUUUCAUUUACACCUGCGUAGAUGGUGAAGUAAAGGUGGACAAAGUAGUGUAUAAAAAAGAAUAA